GGGCGGUCCGGGGCGGGGCCUGACGAGACCACUCGGGGCCCGGGCGCGGGGUCUCGGCAACGGGAGGAAGAUGGCGCCACGGAGGGUCGGAGCCGGGCCGCGCGGACUCCGGGCGCCGCCUGUGCUGCUGCUGCUGCUGCUGCUGCUGCUCGGGCCCUGGCCGGCGGCGGGCCACGGCGGCAAGUAUUCGCGGGAGAAGAACGAGCCCGGGGGGGAGUUCCGCAUGGAGAAGCUGAACCAGCUGUGGGAGAAGGCCCAGCGGGGUCCGUCUCUCCCGGCUGCAUCGUUGGUCCGUCAUGCGGCCGGUUGUCCGAUGUCCUCUGUUCUCAUCCUGCAGCUGCAGCUUCCUCCUGUGGAGCUGUCCGAACUCCAUGCUGAUCUGAAGAUCCAAGAAAGGGACGAAUUCAGCUGGAAGAAAUUGAAGGCCGAAGGCUUGGAUGAAGAUGGAGAGAAAGAAGCAAAACUUAUACGCAAUCUCAAUGUCAUUCUGGCCAAGUAUGGUCUGGACGGGAGGAAGGAUGCCCGAGCAGUCAACGGCAACUCCCUCGGCGACGGCGUGGAGCAGGACGGCCUGGGAGACCCCAGGCUGGAGAAGCUGUGGCACAAGGCAAAGACCUCUGGGAAGUUCUCCAGGGACGAGCUGGACAAACUAUGGCGGGAGUUCCAGCACCACAAAGAGAAGGUUCGCGAGUAUAACGUCCUGCUGGAGACGCUGAGCAGGACCGAAGAGAUUCAGGAGAACGCCAUCAGCCCCGAGGACGUGAGCCACGUGCAGGCGGAGGUGCUGGGGACCAGGCACGCGGAGCUGCAGGACCGGCUGCGGGGCAUCAGCCAGGGUUUUGACCGGCUGCGGAAAGUCAGCCACCAGGGUUACGACGGGGACGCCGAGUUCGAGGAACCCCGGGUGAUUGACCUGUGGGACCUGGCCAGGUCAGCCAACUUCACUGAGAAGGAGCUUGAGUCAUUCCGGGAGGAGCUGAAGCACUUUGAAGUCAAAAUUGAAAAGCAUAACCACUACCAGAAGCAGCUGGAAAUCUCUCAUCAAAAACUGAAACACGUGGAGCGAUUUGGCGACCACGAGCACGUCAGCCGGAACAAAGAGCGCUACGCCGUGCUGGAGGAGAAGACCAAGGAGCUGGGCUACAAGGUCAAGAAGCACCUACAGGACCUGUCCAGCCGGGUCUCGAGAGCGCGCCACAACGAGCUGUGAUGGACGGGCCGGUGCAGCCCCGACAACGGGCCAGCGUGCUCUGGGGCAGCGUCUGUGUGAACAGGACCUCGGGAGGGCGAGAAGGGGUCCUCAGCAGGGCGGGUGGCCUCAUGCCAGGGGCGCCUGGCAGGGGGCCCAUGAGAUCGCGUCCCAGCCGGCCCCCCAAGCAAAGCUGGCGUCCCAGCGGCAGGAACGCGACUCCCAGCUGCCUACUGGGAGGCGGUCCUCUGUGCUCCAGCAUUGGAGUCAAGAUCUCAUAAAGCUGCCCCUGGGAACUCUGUACGGAA